AUGUCCGGCCAAAAGCAGCAGUGAGUCGAUUUGCUUUUGAAAAAAAAACCGCGUUCCUUCUUUAUUUGAUAUUUUUUUCAAUUGAAUAAGAUUUAUCAAUAAAAUUUCUGACACUUCCUAAAAUUGAGGCGAAGGCAUAGUUUUGAUUGAGUUCUGGCGAUCAGAAAUCCGCGUACGUAACUGAGAAACUGGGCGCAUCCUGCGAGGAUCACCGUCUGUCUGCCAUAUGGAACUAAUUACCACCGAUGAAAACGACUAGGACACUUUUCGGCCAUCGAACCGUCUGUCCGUUAGAUCCAUGGCCGGGGAUUCCCCGACUUUGAUAAAUGUGCAUUUUUAGUCUAAUGGGUGUCUUGGGCUCCGUUUGGCGUCGAAUUUCAUUUUCUCAAAUCAACAAACGCCGUUUAUUAUAAACAGAGAUACCAGAAAAGUUCAAAGAUUCUGCUCGCGUCAAAGAUUUUCGGAAAAAAUGUUUAGUUCUAUAACCUUCCAUAGAAGCUGCUGAGAAUAUUCUUCAAAAAUCUCAGUUAUUUAUUUUUUUAUAAGAAGAACGUACCGCUGGAAGACUCAGAUUCAUUUUUAAAAUUAAUUUAUUCCAGGGAAACGGGUGACAGAAAUGAGGAGCUGGACGUGUUGAUCGGAGUGGAGAACGGAGAGGAAGAAGUAGGAGACGAAGAAGUGGAGUACGCAGAAGAAGCAGAGGAAGACGCAUUUGUGCCGCAAUUCGGCCACAGAUCCGAGCCGAUUGGAAUCGCUUCCAACGAGUUCGUGGAGUACUGCCCGAGCAGCGACGCUUACCGUAUCCGGACGGCUCCUUGUAACAUCAACAGAGUGAGUUUUCAUCGAAACUUUAGCGGGAGGGAGUAAGGAGAAUCUCAGAGAACUCCUGGAUGUGGACUUUGAAACGCAUCAUAAAAUGCAUUUCCGCGCCUUCAGAAAAUUGCAAUCCGAACUCGCAACUGAUUUUUUAUGUCGCAGCGUGGAGAAAAAGAAAACUGUCAAAAAACUACGUGAAAACUCUUUUUUGAGGGUAAUAACGCAGUUUCAUCGUUUUUAUCAAAUUAGUGUAAAAAUCGUUACAAAUUUUCUUUCCUCAUUGGAGUCAUGUUUAUUUGCGGAGAAGUUUGUUUGUGUGAACUCAAUGCCAAACGUAACUGUCAAUCAGAUAAGUCGAGCUGCAAACUUCGCUUUUUUUUCCAAACGAGAUUAGGGAGAAACGACCAUAAUUAAAGUCGAAAACAACAUUUAACGCGAAAGAAACCAUAUUCAUUUUCAACUCGAUAGAUGAGAGUAGUAUUAUGGCGGCUUUUAUAAUUCAAUUUCGCAAGCUCAGUCACUCAAUGCCCAUAGAAGCUGGCUUGGUUUUAUAUUUGUUACAGAAAAACCCAAAAAAGUUUCUUUUUUCUCUUCCCUGGAAGCGGCAAUCUCAUGCUCCUGUUUCAGUUAGAACUUCAAAAGUGCACCCCAACGUCUCCCAACACGUGAUAUCUUUCUGGAAUAUGUUCUCCGCGUUCUAUAAUCACGUUAAACUUUUCCGGCUUCUCCUGCCGAAUUCCGAUUUUUCGCUCGCUGUUAUAAGCUUCUCAGAAGGCCUAGCAAAAAAAGUGUUAAUGUGACACGAUUACAUUGCACUUUCAAUGAUUGGAGCUUGAGUGUUGAUGUACGGAGCUCAAAAAGCCCAAAUUCAGUAUUCGAAAAAAAAGAUGAACUCCGGCAGGCGAGCAGCCCCAAAGGAGGCUAAUCCCUUCAACCAACGCAAAGGUGCGUCAUUCGUGUUUUUUAGCGCAGACUCUUGCCUUCAAUCCGGCUUGAAUGCGUCUUGAUGUGCACAAUGAUGAAGCAGCCGAGCGCUAUCCGAUUGCGGCGAAACCUCUGGAGAAAUCAAAGUUGAAGAUUGACAGUCGUUUUGCGACCGACCAGAUACGCCACUUGAGGCGGCUUGUUGCUCCGCCUGUGCCAUAAUGAGAUGUCCCGCAGCUAUCAUUUCAAUCUCGACAAUGUCAAACGUUGUCGCUUUUUUUUCCGCAAUGCUAACAAUCAAAAUGAAACUGAAUCAGAGCUUGACCGGAAAAUCUUGCUGGGUUUAUGAACUUAGCCUUAGCAUUGAUCUGAAACGAAAAACGUUUUUUCCUAUUUUUUAACCCCAAAAACUCACAAAUCCGUUUUUUUGAUAGAUCCUUCGCUUUGGAGAACUUUUUCAAGAUAUUCCAACAGAAAAAAGGUUCAUGAUUUUCUGAAAGCGCGAAAAUUAGCUUGAUGUUUAUUCACGGAAGUUUAUUUAUAUGUCGGAAAAAAACAUAACGACGCGUUUGUUUAACGUUGAAUUCAGCUCGAUUGCUGCUUUUCCUCUCCCCAGCCAGCAAUCAGAGCGAAAUUAUAACUUCCGAAUUCUCAGCGCGCCGAAAUAAUUAAGUUUUGACCAAUUUUUUCAGCUGCAAGGUAGUGAGAAAGUUGGAAAAUAUAACCAGAAGGUUUUUUUUAAACUUUAGCUUCUCAAUAAUUUUUGAUUCAGAGUACAUCGAAAAAUGUUAGAUAAAAACUUGAGUGAAUGAAAUUCGAGUGCUAGCGGCAAAAAGGAACGAAAGAUGCCAUCGAAGCGCGAUUAUACGAGCAAAGAUUACCGCGGACCCAAUCGUCUUUGUCUUGUGGCGGGGGAUUCCAACACGGCCGACGAAGCGUGUAAGCGCGAACACACGUUCGCUUCUCACUUGGUUUCCUUUCGCUCUGUCGUUUCCAGUAGGCUGACGACUUCACAACUGAAUUUGUUCAGUUCAAUUUUCAGUCUUUCAGAGGGCACUCAUCUCUCUUAUUUUCGAUUUCUGUAGUCUCAGCAAUAAGAGGCCUUUUUUUGAAAUUUCAUGAGAAAAAUGUAAGAGGAAUAUUUUUUUUAAUAUUAGAAAAAAACUAAAGCUGGGUCUUGGUUAAAAAAUGAAUGAACUUUCAAAGAAUAAAAUCGACCUUUGUAACUGAUUUUCAUGAUUAAUCGUUAAUGUAAUAAAAAGAAAAAUUUCACUUAUAACCAUGAAAAAAAUAAUACAGCGGAUUCAAAAAUCUCCAAAAUUUUUUCUCGUAAAAAAAUGCUGACUUUCACAAGGAAAAUUAUUAGUUGAAAACAGAGAAGCGAAAUGAACAUUUCUUUGAAAUACCACUAGAAAAUGUUGGCUUCGGCUUUAUUUUUCUUAUUCUGAAGUUAUUUGGGAAUAGAAAUCCGCAUGAGAACGUCGCUCCUUUUAACUCCCCCGAAUAGUUUUUUUACUAAAAGUCAAUAUAGCAGUCAAGAAAUUUUAAUGUCAAUCUUCAACCAAAAAAACAUUUCAAUUCAAAAAAACUUUUUUUCCUUGGCUUCAUUUGAAUAAGAAUCGCUGCAGUGGGAUUCGAAUUAGUUCACGCUCCAGUACUUAGAAGCUCUUUUCCAUAUAUCUAUGAGAUUCAUCGUGAGCGCUCGGUGGUAUCAAGCGGCAAUCGCAUUACCAGUGUUGCAGAAAAUUCUCAAAUUCGAUUUUCUUCUUCUCUUCUACUCUCCUCCCCCACGGCGGUUUUCUGCCUUUUCCUGUGUACGGCGCCGCGUCAGUUUCUUUGUUACUUGCUUGCUAUCAAGAAUGACAACAUCAGCUUUUUUCAAGGUUUAUAUCAUCUUAAAAACUUCAAAGGAGUUAUCUUAAUAAUGAAUAAAUUCUUUCCGCGUUGUAGAAUAUUAAGAUUUAAAUCGAUAUCCUUCAAUUUAUUAUUUUUUCUUUUUGUUGUUCCAGGCAAACAGUCCAAACAAUCAAGUCUAAAAAAAAAUUUACUUGCGAUGCUCAAGUGUUUAUUUUCUCCAGUAUAAAGAAUUUUCUACUAGUUCUUUGAUCUUCUCUAGCAACGAAGGCAUUCCUUCUUUAUGAGCUUCCUGAUCUUCUAGAGACGCAAAAAUAUGAGCGCAAACUCGCAAAUUUCAAAUUCUUGAUCUUACUUUUUUACACUGAAGUAUCUCAAACUUGCACAGAGUAUUUUGGUGCAGUUCUAAAAAAAUCUUCCUGUUUUUGGAUGAGACUCUUUGAAGGGCUCUAUUAUUAAAAAAGGAAACCGAGCAAAAAAUUUAAAGUGGGCUGGUGAGUAGUCCUCCUCAAAACCACCAGAAAGAUUUGAAAUGAGCGGCGCACCUCGCCUUUUGUUACUUUCACGCUCGAAACGCGACAGCGUCAACUUGAAAUCACUCAUUCACAAACGUUGCAGCCGCCGCCGAUCAACUACCCAUUCGGCGUGGAAGACGACGGCUUUUACGUGGGCAGCUACAGGGACCUGAGGUAUGUAGAAAAAUCCGUCUGUCUUUUCCGAACGCUUUUUUCCAAAAAAAAAUGAAUUUCGUUGUAAAAGUUUCCUGAAAUUGACCAACAAACCAAUUUUUUUCACUCAAAGCUAUAGAAACCUCUGUUUGCAAUUUCCACAAGCUAUGAUUAUCACUUUCAAAGAUCAAACUCCUUGAGGUGAAGUAGAGUUUCUAAGAAGAAAAAAAGUUUCAAGCAAACUUGCAAGCUUAAAAACUCUUGUGUACUUUUAAGUGUACCUUCCCCUGACGCUUCCUGCGUCGUUCUGUCGCUGCAGACCGUCCCGUGCAUUCCUUUUCUCAGUACGAAUAUGUGACUAUUGAGCAAUGCGCAUGUGCGGGAUGGUUUCCAGUACACUUUUCCCUGUCUUCUGGUUCACCUUCCGUUGUAAAUAUAUCCGAUGAUAAUCUUAAAAAAGUUCAUUCAAGUCAACCUUACAGGAAGUACGACCUUCUCAGCGAACCGAGGAGCGCAGAACUCCUCGAGUCGUACUCGCAAGUUUACCAGUACGUUCACCUCUAGCGUGACCACGCUAAUUGUACUAUUCAAGAUUCUUCUACGCGAAGCUGAGCGAGAUGAAAGAAAACCGCAGUGACGCCACCAGGAAACUGGUCAUUCUCAUCAGUGAUGACUGUACGUCUUUUUGUCCAACAACAUUUGCAUAGCGUUUUCAUAACAAUAGUGAUAGGAAAUAGCGCCGGAAGUACAAUGAAGGGCAAUACUCUAUUCAGAUGACUUUCAAAGGCUAAAAAUCGAGGCGAUUACGCAACUCAUUUCCAGGCACAUCUUUCUAUUUCGAUGAAGAAACGUGCACUCUCAUACCGGAGAACGAUUUUAUCGCAAUGUACAUGGGCGCUCGAAUUGAUCCAGAUUCGGAAGACGAAGAUGUUGUCGAAGCACCAAGUGAGAAACUGCAAAUGUGGAAAACAAAAACAUCGUAUUAUUAGUUCAACAAAGUCGUCCGAUUCUGAACUAUGAGAACGCGAUGCCAGGGCGUCACAGACACAGUGGCAAUCAGCGGGUUCAUCCUCGCAGUGAGUUUUUCACAAUUCGAAUUAAGUUCUAAAAAGACGUUUGAAAAAUUGGUAACGAAAGAAUCGGAAAAAGUCGUUAAUAGGGAGAUUAAGACAGAGCUCACAUAGAGAAAUUCAGAAAAAGUUGGGGUUCCUUUUUCGUGAGAUCAUUGGACUCGAAAUUUUUUUUUUAAUUUCUAAGCUCUGAUUUUUAGAACGUUCCUGAAAAAUGUGUGAGUGACAAAAGUUAAUGCCUACUUACUUUUGCUGAACAUAUUUCAAAAAUCAAAGAUUUUGACACUUCUGGGAAGCUCAUAGCUUUUCUCAAUUUUAUUUUGCCCAUGAAGAGCUUAUCCUUUUACAGACUUGCACACGGCUUUGUCGCGAGGAAUUCGCUUCUUCCCAAGGAUGAACGGCUGGGGCAACGAGUCGGGCUAUCAGUCGGAGGAAGACGGGAACGACUUCUUUCCGGAUUGCACUCAUCCGCACUACAUGAAGGCUCUGCCUUUCAUGCUUGCUCGUCAGAGAGCUCUCGACGCAGAUGUCACUGUUAGUUUUUGAAUAUAGUCCAAAGUCGAUGAUUAGGGUUAGAAGGGGGAAUAGUGUAAUAUUUUAGUUUUUUUGAAAUAUGACACUAAUAACGCUCAUAGCAGAUGAGUCUGCAAUAAAUGAAUAAAAGAAAGUUUUUUUUUCAGAGGGAAAGUUGGAUAGUUUGAGGCUCCUAAAAAUCUUUCUCCAAAAUGAAAAAAAGAAAGCUAGAAGUUCCUAUAUUUGUGAUCAAAAAAUUCUCCCCAAAAAUAUUAACUGAUUGUUUUUCAGGAACUCGAAGAAGAACUCCGCAAGGGUUGUCGCAUGGACAUCGAGCGCGUGAACACCAUCCUGCGCGAACAUUAUAUCCCACGUGAGAACUUGCCUCAAAUCGACGACUACGAGUUUUAAAAACGCCUUCCCCAAACCAUUUCACCCGUUUCUGCAUUCUUCUGUGUUACCGCUGUGAAAAACGCUUGUGAUAUGAAAAGAUUCAAAAAAUUUUGUUGAAAUUUCAACAAAAGAAAAAAAAAUUGUGAAUUCCUUUAAUUCUAAUCAUCUUUGGAUCGGGCUUUACUUGCACAGUGAGACCCGUUGUUCUUUUCUUUUUCUUUGCUUUUAGAUGCAACAUAUCGCUUCUAGACCGCUUUUUUUUGCUUUUUCCAAAAUUUCUGUGUACUCAUUUUUAUAAUAUCUUUUUUUGUCGUCGUCUCCUAUUUGUCCCUCCCCUUCGCACUUCCUCUCUGGAAACAACGUUGACGUUCAACCACUCAAGUUCCUUCUUCUAGGAACUUGACGUCAACGCUUGAGCUGUAAUAGUCUGUCAGUUCUUCUACAAUUCUGUCGAUUGUAGCCUUACCUCAAAUUUUCUCCAUAUUAAUGAUUUUCUGACACGGAUCUUUUCCAUUGUUCACAUCACUUUUCCGUACCGAGCACUUUUUGAAUUUAUUAUGAGGAAAAAGUCAGCGAGCUUUGCUGUGGUCAUUUUCUCGACGCUCAAGGCUGUUUCAGCCACCUAAGGGUCCGAUCAGAGGCUUUGUUCCGCACUUUCUUAACCCUUCCGGAACUUCAAAAAGUGGAACAGAUCUUCGUCGAAUCUCUGGGAAAUGACCGCCGCACCCUCGCUUCUUGUAUCCUCCAAUGUUUUGUGUUUGUUUGUAUCUCCCAAAAAACUCAAAAAAAGUGAAAAAAAUUAAAUAACCAAAAAAUUUCCAACCGCCUAGGCCAGUCCUGACUUUUUAUUGUAUUUUUGUUUGCAGAGAAAGGGAGUUUGGGUCCUGGACAUAUCAUGUCUUUUACCCAAACUCCAAUAUUAUCAUAUUUGUUGAUCCAACACUCAAUACCAUCCGAAGUGUUUUCGUAUCCAUUUUUGUAAAGCACUUCCACAAUUCCAACUCUUCUCUUGUGAUGCUUUUCCCUCCAAAGUUCACAAACUUUGCGACGCUUUUGAGCCUUCCAUAGGGUUACAACAUCAAACCCUCAUUCAUCCUGAAUUCCAUCCGAAGGAUGACUUUCCCGCUUCCUAAACCUUUCAUUACUUGUUAAUGGAAUGCCUUAAAUUUUACCAAUAUUUGGUAUUUUUUUAUUCUGUUUCAUCAUGUAGUCAGUAGCUUUUCGCCAACAUUCUCAGUGUUAUCGCCUCUCUCAACCAAACGCAAGUAUUAUAAUAACGCUCUAAUCAUUUUAUUUUUCAAAGGUAAUUGUCAGUUGCGUUUUAUUUUUCGGAAUAAAGUUAUCGUAGUGAAUCCAGGUGUGAUUUGUAAAAUCGGAAGUUAAUUUCCUGCAAACAAGUCUCGUGAUAUCGGAACUCUGCAAGGUGCGAAAGAAGCAGGUUGCUUUCAAACUCGAAUUGAACCAAGGUUCUUUGAACGAAUUUGCACCUUAUUGACAAAAAAAGUUUCGUCUGGGAAGUCUAAUUGAAAAAUUGAAGAUUUGAUAUCAAAAAAACUUCAUUCUAAGUUCAAAAAAAGCAGCAAAUUGACAUGAAAAAAAUUUAAUUUUAUAGAGAUUUGCCUAUUGAAGAUUUUUUUCUUUGUCGAAAAAAAUAAUAAAAAAAUACUUCACUAUUCACUCUUGACCGCGUUUGACAAAAAAAUGAAAAGUUUGAGUUUUAGGAAAGCAGUUGGAAUGCCUGCCAUGCUUGAGCUGUGACAAUUCUGUAGUUAUUUUGAGCUUCAACUAGUGAAAAAAAUCAACCUGAAAGAGAUUUUUUUUAUACUAAAGAAAAAAAUUAACAGUCAUAGAGUUUCUUGAUUUUCUGGUGCGUUUUGAACUCAAAAUCUUUAAAUAAAUUUGUGAUUGAACUUUGAAUGACAACUCAUACCGGUUUUUCGGUUUUUGUAGACUAGCGCCUAAUUGAAAAAAUUCUCUCAAAGGCAUAAGGCACCCUUGGGAGUUAGUUACUCGGAGAAAAAAAGGAAUAGUCAACUUUUUCUUGGAUUUUUUUUUCUCAAAAAAAGAUGUAGACACUGUUCAGAUGUUUCUUUUCGAAGAAAAUUGUCAUUUACCCUUUUCAGCCGUGUAAAAACUCACGGGAAACUCAUCAGUGAGUGAGAAAUUCGUACCUGUUGGUGUCAAAGUAAUUAGAAUGUCUUAAUUGAGAAAAGAUGAGCGCAACAAAGCGAGGCGGACGUGUCACAAAGUCUGCGGUUGCAUGGCAACAGGCUCUCCACAGUCCGGCGCUAUGCCCCACGGCGCCGCCACUUGCUUCGCCAUGUCGCCACGACUUCUUCUUCUGCUGUUUCUUGUCGGAUUCGGCGUUUCCAAGAGGUCUCAAGGCAUCCUUAGCACAGCAAAGGUACGUUCUACAUCAUUGUCCUUUCCAGUGAAUCUUCAGUCUUCUUUGAUCUCACUUUGGGUUGGAGAAAAGGCAGAAAAACUGCAGUUUACUGUUUCAAACCGGCUUUAAUGUUUUCCUGUGUUGAGCACUUCAUCCUCAAUUUUGCUGAUUUAUUUUUUUUCACUACUUACGGAUGUGUGCAGUUAAGUUGAUAUGAUUAAAAGUGUGCGUGGUGGAUUUAUGUGAGUGUAAUCCGUAUAUCAUUCAUCCUCAUUAGAGCUCUCCAUGAGGCCUAUCGAAAAUAAUGUCUUUUUCGAAAGAAAAUCCCAUCUCACAAUUUUUGGGAUUUGAAAUUUGGGUCAUUUCUCAUUUGAAAACUUUUUUGAUAAUUGCAACCUGCACAGAUUUCUUUUUCUUGAGAACGGCAGUCAGACACUUCAGUGGAAUAAUCAAAAAAAACCGCGAAGAUUCCGUUUUUGUAAAAUGAAAUUAUUAAUCUUACUGAGAGAGGUAUCGAUAGACCAAGUUUCAGAAAUCCAUCAAGUUGAUAGAAAAAAUUCAGUUCCGGUCAGUUGGAAUAACAUUCAACCUCACCCAAAACCUACAAUUAAAAGCCCCAGUUUCCUCGAUUAAAUAACAAGGUUUAGGAUUUCGUCUAUCUUGAUCGCUUUUGUUUUCAAUCGGAAAGUGGUGUUUUGGAAUACUCUUUCAAAUAUCCUACGGUAGGUCGAAACUUCGAUCUUGGUUUUUGAACGAAAAAAAACUGCAGUACUAUCCGCCGCAAAUGCUGCUUCUCUACUUUGACACCGAAGACCAGUGGCCAAAGGCUUACAAACAAUUAUCAGUGAGUCAUCUGCCGCUUUGGUUACGGUUGGAAUCAACGAGUUAAUUAAGCCUUGUUUCCCUCAAUUUUGAAAUGCCAGACUAGGCCGGAAUACUGUUAAUUAACCAGCCUUCAUUGUCUGUCUGAAAGAUUGGCUGUUUCUUGAUCGGCUGGAUGACAAAGAUCGAAAAUCAUUCUAAUUAACUUUUUUUGGAAAGAUUCAGUUAUUACUCCUUUUAGACUUGCCGUGAACGUGUGGAACUACUGGAAGAUCAUGAAGAAAACCAUCAGAUUGUGAGAAAUUAUUCGAUUUCAAAAAAAUUCUAAUGUUUUCUAGAUUCGUUUAUCCCCUUUUUCUUUGGAUAAAACUGGACAAGGAAGAUGUCAGAUUGUCGAAGACAAACUUUCUCAGUCUUGGGUUCAUUGUGUCGGAACGCGAACCUUCAGGUUUGUGAGCCUUGUGAUUCUAACAAUUAAUCGCUUUAGAUGGAUUGGAAACAUUUAGAAAAUUGGAAUCCAAGAGAAAAAGGGUUCAAGCCCUUUUCUAGAGAGAAAAGUGCAAGAUGGAGUCCCUACGGAAAUGACCAGGAUUUCUAGUUCCAAUUGGAGGCUUAGGAAAAUUAUAAGCUUGGCAUUGCGGAAAAAAAUCAUUUCCUGUUAGAAGCUUUGAGGUCUGAAUAAUAUUCAUAAAGUUGAUCAAAAUAAUGAUCGUUCAAUUUGAAUACAGAGGAACUUUUGUUAUUUUUAGUGAGGUAGAAGUGCAUGCACCAGCAAAUUUUGGGGAGUUUCUGCUUUCUAUUUUCAAAAUGUUGUUCCAUACAAAGUACGUUUAUAUUCAACAUUUUCUAAUUUGUGAGUUAUAACGGCUAUCAACAGAUCUGCUCGAAGUCGUUGGUGGUUUUUGGCUCUCGCGAGUUGCGACUCUGAAGGAGAAGUUCUCGAGGAUUAUAGUAACGAAACACUGGGGAUUUACACUCAGUACACGCUUUACAUGACAAACGGAUUACCAGACGACGUUUUGCACUAUCAGUUCUCGAGUGACGAGUGGCGUAAGAUCUGCAUUUUUGACCUUUUCUUGAGAAUACUUAUUAUAGUAAUUUUGCCGACAGACACCGUUUUCUUGAUUUUUGAUGCACUUCUAAUGAUAGCCACUUGCUUUAUUGGAGGUUUGUUAUUCAGUAAUAACUAGUAUCUUCUCAUGUAAAAUACAAAAAAGAAGUAACUUCAGUGAAACUCGCUGCACGACGACUUUAUCACAAUACUUUCCGAAUGUGUUCCCAGUCUAUCAUUCUCGAUCUAACUGGUCUCAUUUUCAUCGUCAUCAGUUAUUCGAUAUAUUCCUUGGAUGGUGUGGGCUUACCUCUCGUCAAAGGUCUAGGCCAGUUUAUAAGGUGAAGGAUACUUGUUGAAUAUCAUUCAACUGUAAAAUUCAGAGGUCUCGCGCAGAUGCUGUUCGUUUAUAUGUGCAUGGUUCUGGCCAGGGGACUCAAUGUGACAAAGAUGCGAUUGACAACGGUGAAAAAAUGGAAAAAAAACCUUCUGAAUCCCAUUUUUAGGCUGACAAGGUAUUUCUAACAGUAAUGAUAAUAUUUUUCGUCAUAUCAUUCUUAUCUAUGCUGUUCUGGGAAAUUAGGGUAAGAGAAGGAAACGUUAACCUUUCAAAACACUUUUUUUUUAGUUUUUCGAUCCGGCUGAUGUCAUUUACCAAUCAGAAUCGCUGCCCGGAAUCCUUUUAGCUGUUUGGAAAGUUGUGGCAUGGGUAUUCUUUUGCAUUGGAACCUUCACUUCAAGAGAAGCUUCCCCGGCCAAACGCGGAUUUUUCACGAGAUUCACCUUUUUCAUGACGCCGUGGUGGGCUUAUCCAAAGUUUUACGGUUUUGAACGUUCCUUUUAAGGUUUUGGGCAGCUCCUGUUGUGUCACUCAUCGCGACGCAUCUUUUGAACAGUUGGGUUCGAGCUGAAGUGGUCAACAUCGUCGAUAAUUGUGUUGUUCUCUAUGGUUACAUAGUUUUCUUGGUAAGCGCAUCGUCCAUUUUUUUGGGAAUUUAUUUUGAUAUAUCGAAAAUAUAUCAGGGACUCUUAAUCUCGGAAAAAAACUUCACUCAGUUUGGAUAUUUUUUUAAAACAAGCCCUUUUCGAUGAACUCAAUGAUUAUUUUGUAGAAUCAAAGAAUUACCUCUAAAAAAAUUUUUCUAGGUCCUUUUUAAAUCUUUAUUUAAUAUAGAUCUCAUGAACUAAGGGUUCAAAAUGCAAUAAAAAAACUUUUUUUCUGACUCUCUGGCAAUUCAAAAAUACUUCAUGAGAUAUCCAGAAAAUUAUGUACAAAAAAAGAAAAAUUAUACUUUUUCAUCAAAAAUUCAUUCCGUUUGUGGAUCUGGAAAGUAAACAGCUCUACGUGACUAUUGCCAUUUGUUCAUUGCCUGAAAUCAAAUCUUUUGAGAAACCUGUAAAUAAUAACGCUCUCAUGAUUAUUUAAAUAACAUCAAUUUUUUCAAUACAUGUUUUCAGUGGCUUUCUCGACCGACAGAUAAAAACCAAAACUUCCCGUUCCAUAUCCGCACAACGCAAAUUGAUGUUGGCAUCGAUCCUCACACUCAAUAUGUGAGUAAAAAAGGUCUGUAAAGACUCACGGAGAACUUCUAGGUGAACGAAGGCUUUGGAGCUCCUUAUGAUCCGGGAGUUUUGAACAUGAACGCCAUCCGACCGGGAAAAAGGGACUCUGAAGGCGAAGAAAUCGCCACGACUCAGUUCGAAUAA